AAUUCCUUUAAAUAUAACAAAAUAGAAUUGUAUUUGUUGAUAGAAUUCGAAUAGGGCAUUCGAAAACUAUAAACUUACAAGAGUUUGUGUUUCCCCAUUCAUUUGUAUUUAAAGAAUUAUGAUCGAUUUUUUUGGUUAAUCAUUAACCUCUUUUUUGUUCAAUAUUUGCUUCGAAAUUGUGCGGCCGAACGGCAUCUUCUCUUUUCUUUAUUUAGAAGCCAAAGCGGGGGAAGACGAAGAUCAAUAACGGCCCCUGUCGAAUCCUUUCCGAGGUAGGGUUCCGCUGCAAUGGAGCCCUUCCGAUCCCUUCCUUUCCUUCUCCUCUACGUCUCCGCCAUCGCCAUCGCCAUCGCCAUUGCCUCCGCCGACUCUUCGCACUCCCUCCUCCGCAUGCGCAUCGCUCCCGCCGGCGGCGGAGGAGCCGCCGACGGCCUCUUCUGCGACAGCUGGAGGCUCUCCGUGGAAACCAACAACGCCGGCUACUGGCGGACCAUCCCGCCCAAGUGCCUCGAGAUCGUAGCGACCUACGUGAACGGGGACCGCUACUUGUCCGACUCCGAUAUCAUCGCCGUUGACUGCUUGUCCUUCGCCGAGACUGUCCGGAUCGUGGGCGACAAGAAGGAUGCGUGGGUCUUCGACAUCGACGAGACGCUGCUUUCCAAUGUUCCCUACUAUGCCGUCCACGGAUUCGGAUCGGAAGCUUUCAAUGAAACUUCAUUCGACGAAUGGGUGGGCCUGGCGAGGGCUCCGCCUUUACCUGCAAGUCUAAGGUUGUACGAUCAACUACUCGGUCUUGGAUUUCAGAUCGUUCUUCUCACAGGUCGAAGUGAGAUUCAAAGAAACGCCACUGAGAAAAACCUGCUGCUCGCUGGUUACCAUUCGUGGGAAAGGAUUAUUUUAAGGCAAACCUCUGACUUCGGUAAGCCCGCGGUGUCGUAUAAGUCGGAAAGGCGAGCAACGCUGGAAGCAGAGGGAUUCAGGAUUUAUGGGAACUCGGGGGAUCAAUGGAGCGAUCUGUUGGGUACGCCGAUGGCUGAUCGCUCCUUUAAGCUCCCUAAUCCCAUGUAUUACAUUAAAUGAUCUAUAGAGAUAUUGCAGUGAUUCCUUAGACAUAUUGUUCAAAUUAGGACAAAUCUGUAUUCAUUGGUCGAACAAUCUGUAUAUAAUAAAUUAAGAUAUUUGUGCUUCC